GUGACCAGGUGAGCCAUCGGGGAGCUCUGACUGGAGGUUACUACGAUUCGCGCAAGUCUCGCCUGGAGCUGCAGAAGGACGCCAAGCGCACCGAGGUGGAGCUGGGGGAGCUGGAGGCUCGCCUCAACGAACAACUGCGACGUAACAUUGAACGCAUCAACAACGAGAUCGACCAGCUGAUGAACGGCAUGCAGCAGAUGGAGACGCAGCAGCGCAAGCUGAAGGCGUCCCGGGAUAGCAUCCUGUCGGACAUGAAGAUGGUGAAGGAGAAGCGCCAGCAGAGCGAUAAAACGUUCAUGCCCAAGCAGCGUAGCCUACAGAGCCUGGAGGCGAGUCUGCGUGCCAUGGAGUCAACUCGUGAAUCGCUAAAGGCCGAGCUGGGUACAGACCUCCUGUCCCAGCUCAGCGUGUCGGACCAACAGCGAGUGGACGCCCUCAACGACGAGAUACGGGCGCUGCAGCUGGAGAAUCGCCAGCUGCUCAACGAGCGAAUCAAGUACGAAAGCAUCAUGACUCGUCUGGAGACGUACCUCAAUGAGAACCUACGCAAGAGACUGGACCAGGUGGAAGCGGAGCUGAAUGAGAUCCGUGAGACAGAGAGUAACAAAACUCUCAGCACCACCAACUCAGAGUUGGAGGCCUUCAACAAGCGUAUCGGAGACACCACGAAACGCUCCGAGGAGCUGGACGUGCUGACGGACAAGCUGGAGGGCGAGAUCAAGGAGCUGCAGCGGACGAUGGACUCGUGGAAGGGGCGCGAGAAGGAGCAGCUGGAGGCCAUCAACCACGACGCCAAGGAGCUGGACAAGAUGACUAAUCGGCAGAGCAUGCUGCUCAAGAAGAAGGACGACUACAUGAAACGAAUCCGGGAGCUGGGAUCUCUGCCACUGGACGCCUUUGAGAAGUACCAGAACCUGUCACUCAAGCAGCUGUUCAAGAAGCUGGAACAGUGCAACCAGGAGCUGAAGAAGUAUGGCCACGUGAACAAGAAGGCGCUGGACCAGUUUGUGAACUUCUCGGAACAGAAGGAGAAGCUGAUGAAACGGCAGGAGGAGCUCGACCGAGGCUACAAGUCCAUCAUGGAGCUCAUGAACGUGCUGGAGCUGCGCAAAUACGAAGCCAUACAGCUCACUUUCAAGCAGGUGUCUCGCAACUUCAGCGAGGUCUUCCAGAAGCUGGUGCCGGGCGGCAAGGCGACGCUCAUCAUGAAGAAGGGCGACAUUGAUGGGGCCGGGGCCGGGGCCGGGGCCGCCGCCGCUGGUGGCUCAGCGGGCGGCCAGGACGAUGGAGGGGAUGGCGGUGGGGCUGGUGGCUCCGGCGGGGACCCCGGCCCCUCGCACGGCAGCAGCAGCGGCAGCAGCGGCAGCGGCGGCAACGUCCCCUCCAUCGAGCAGUUCACGGGAGUCAGCAUCCGGGUAUCGUUCACAGGCAAGCAGGCGGAGAUGAGAGAGAUGCAGCAGCUAUCCGGCGGGCAGAAGUCGCUCGUGGCACUGGCUCUCAUCUUCGCCAUCCAGAAAUGCGACCCAGCACCGUUCUACCUCUUUGACGAGAUAGACCAAGCACUUGACGCACAGCACCGCAAGGCUGUGUCUGACAUGAUUGCUGAGUUGUCCCAGCAUGCCCAGUUCAUCACCACCACGUUCAGGCCGGAGCUGCUGGAGUCAGCGGACAAAUUCUACGGAGUGAAGUUCCGCCACAAAGUAAGUCACAUCGAUGUGAUCUCGGCGGAGCAAGCCAAGGACUUUGUGGAAGAUGACACCACGCACGGCUAGAGAGAGACUCAGAGAGAGCUGUACAUAUACACACACUACACACACACUACACACACACUACACUACACACACACUACACACACCACACUACACACAAACACCACACUACACACCCCCUCACAGCCACACAUUCCUGGGUGUGAGGCCUAUCCCCAUGGGGAGUGUUCACUAGGCCUGCUUCCCAUGGGGUUCCUCAUCCCGUAGCUCACCCACAGUGGAACUGCCAUGGAUCUACCCACCUACUCACCCACUCACUCACCCACUCACUCACCCACCUACUCACCCACCCACUCACCCACCCACUCACCCACUCACUCA